AUGGAUAAAAAAUAUAUGAAUUGUACAAGGUGUGAGUUAUGUGGAACAGCUGAGAUCAUAUUUUCAAAUCAAUUCAUUGAAUAUUCAAUUUUAUUUCGAUUAUUAUCUGCUCCUUUAGCUACAAUGGGAGUCUCAAUGUUAUCAGCAGCGGUUUUUAAAUCCACCGGAAUUCAUGCAAACUCUAAAGUUUUACUCAUAAUGUUGACAAUAUCUGCAAUUAUAAGUAAUUUGGGUGAGUCAUAUAGUCCUAAAAUCUGAUUAUUCAAGAAAAAACAAUUAUAUUCUUUUUCAGGAAUAUUGAUUGAUUCAGUAUACAAAUUUUUUAUAUCCUACGUGAUGCCUGACACAAUGCAAUGUGACUAUCAAGUAUUUCAUCCACAAUAUUUCAUUUGUUUGUUUAUUUUAUUUUAAAUUAAUUUAAUUAAUUUGAUUGAUUGACCUCCAGGUAUUCGAAAUAUACAACUGAUUGGCGCCACACUAUUAUCAAUUUCUCCGAUUUUUUUGUGUAUUGAACGUACGGUAGCCACGGUAUUUUAUCGAACCUACAGUACUACAACAAAAAAACCAAUUUUAGGAUUGGUUCUUGUUAUCAUCCAGGUAAUUGUUGAUCACUUAUCAAAGAAAAAGUGAUAUAUUUGUAUAUAAAUAGAUUUUUUCGUACAAACAUUCUUUGUUUUCUAGCUGACACUUUGUAUCGUUCCAAUAUUUUAUGUGAAAGUCCCGAAGCAAUUAUAUCCAUAUUUAGCGCCAGAGGUUCGUUUUUUGAAUAUUUUUAAAAUGCUAAAACACCUUUAAUUAUGUUUUUUUUCAGAUCCGCGACUCUCAAGCUUUUCACUAUUUUUCAAUAUGCGAAACAUUUUCCAAUAUUCUUUCUAUUUUAAUAUUUAUCAUUUUGCUAACAAUAAAUCGAUUUAGAAAGGUAAGUUACAGUAAUGAAAAUAUGAAAAAAAAAGGUCAAAUAAAGUACGAAUGGAAAAUGAAAGAUUAUAGAGAGUCAUGGGAAGUGGACAUUUGGAAGUUGUAUUGGCUCGAUAUGAUUUGCAGAGCAAUAUUUCGACAACGCAGUUGAUGGUGGGUUACUUUUUUUGUAGCGGAAAUGAAAAUUAAAGUUCAAGGGCAACAUUUUUUUAUAAUUUGACCUUCGAGCUAUCAAAGAAGAGGUGUCCCAUUUUUACUUUUAAUAUUAAAAAAACAUUUCUGGUACUAUAAAAUAAUUGUUAGUAUCAACCUUUCGACCUUUCGCUACUUAAACAAAAAAGUUGAAAUUAUUGUAUUUUAAACGUUAUUCUCUGUUGAAUUGGAAAAGUAAAACAAUAUUAUCAGUAAUCUAGUAGCUCAAAAUAUGAAAAUACAAAUCGGUUUUCAGGUCCCAAUAAUCAUCCUAAUCUCAAUAAUGGUGAUAUCUGGAGAAAUCGUAAGUUUUUUAAUAAAGCUUUUCCCCGAGAACUAAUCAAUGAUUCAUUUAAACAUUUUCUCAGAUUAUGACUCUAUUCCUACCUGGAUAUGAUCCAUCAACAAUUGUAAAUAAUAAAGUUCUCGAAGAAUUGAUUGAUUAUGCACCAUAUGCGGAGUUUCAGGUUUUUAAAAAUUGAUUUUCAAAGAAAGUAAUUACUUUAUUCAGCUUACUCUGAUUCCUCUGCUCUUAAUAAUUCUUGUUUUGACAAUGCUGAUGGUUUCGGCAAAAUUACGUCAAUCAUUUCUUUGUGUUUCAAAUCUUUCGAUAUGUUUUCCGACCAAAUCACCAACUGAUACACGAUCGACAAGUGAAUCAUCAGACACUUAUUUCUCGCGAAUACACUGGAGCACUAAAUCAGGACUCAAUCCACGUCAUAUUUAA